CGCGCUCUCGCUGUGUGGUGGCGAGAGUGAAGGAGCGAGCGCGCUGACGAGACUGCGCCCAUCAUCUCUCUCUCACAAAACACAGAAAGAGAGAGAGAAUCAGUGUGUGAACAAUGGCAGCAUCCAGCAGCUGAUGUGAUGUGUAAAGCUGCACGUCCUGCGCUCGUGACGGACUGAUGAUGAGGACGAUGCCGGUGAGGAGACUGAAUCACUGAUGGCUGCGCGUCCACCUGCAUCUCUCAUAUCACCGCAGGCCCGGGAUGCGCGCGCGCAAACAUGCUCAAGUGCCUCUGAUCAUACAGGAAACUAUUCUUUAUCAUUCAUCACCGGUGAACAUCGACACAUGAAGGCUGAACGGGGUCACAUGAUCUAAAGAGCAAUCAGAAGACGUCCAGUGUCACAGAUGCUGCCUUACACCCAUCCUCCACGCCUGCUGCAGUGAGUGUGCAGAGGGGCCAUUCAUACUGCCACGGCAUUACAUCGGUCUUAGAGAAGCAACACUUACUAUGGCCCUUGUCAGCACCUUUAGAGGACCACUGAACUGAUGAGUCCUCAAACCACGCCAUAUUUCUCAAACUCUGCACUGCCAAGGGCUUGAGCCCCCCGGGCUUUUGGAAGGCGACAAGCAGCCCCGAUUCACCAUGAUCGAACCUGCAAGCAUCCCUGGGCUGACGCAAGACUGUCUGGUUCAGCCAGUUCGCACAUGUCCGGGCUGCUUCAUCGAGACCAAGGAUGCGUCCACUGUAGAGUCCGCUAUCAACCUCAAAAUGGCCGACGUGAACCGGGACUACAACUCCUGCCCUGUGUCUGAUAUUAACAUUAACAUGCAAUGCAUGAGCACGAGUGAGACGGCAAGUUAUGAAGAGCAGCUCCUCUCUGAUCUGCCCUUCGCCGUUUCUAAAACCCAGCUGGUGGAGAAGAAGGACAUAGAGGGGGACUUAAUUGAUCCAGCCUCCAAAAAUUUGUACGAAGGCCUGCUGUUAGACAAGUGCAGUGGAGAGGAUGGCCUGCUCGCCAAUCCAAAUCAGGACUGGGGCUACUUUGAGUCCUUCAUCAGCGAAAGUAAGAUGGAAUUGCUGGAUCUCUGCUCCAAGAACGAGCUCUCUGUAAACCUGUUCUCUGAAGAGGACGUGGACAAUUACAUGUUUGAUGACGACGAUGACUCUACUCUGAGCAGUGACGUAUGCUCGCUAAAGAUCCGCUACGAGUCCUUCCAGGACAACAUGAGAGAGAAAACAAAUGUCCUACAAGAGGAGACACAGUUCAACUUUUUCCCAAGCGUCCUGGUAAACUGUGCAAAAAAAGAGGGGAGUGUGGUAAAGCGAGUUGUGGAUGGGCUGCCGAAUAAAGCAGAAGAACUUGGAUUUCAGGGUGACAGCAAAGGAGAUGGGAAUGAACGCUCAACAGAGCCGACGCUUGAUUACAGCCCCAGAAUGAACUGCUUCAUCGAUUCAAGCUAUUCGGCUGAUGACUCGGGGGAGUACAGCGACGACAGCUCCACCACUAUAUCCUCCUUCGACACCUUCCAAGACGACACGUCCAGAAAGAGCGCUUCAAGUUGCUCCAACCAUCUGAACUACGGAUUACGGGCCAAGAGGAAAGUUCGCUAUAGCGAUGACUACUUGUACUACGUCGACUCCAUUGAUGGUGAGAAAAUGAUGGAAAAGCUAGAGAAACCACCUGUUGGUCCAAAGCAAGAAAUAGAUGAUGACUGGUGUCCUAAAAAGAGACGGAAAUCGUCUCGCAAAGAUCCACCUGUAAUAACCAAAGUCGUUAUCGUCAACAGGUUUAAAGGAGACAAAUGCAUGGCUGUAAAGCUUGGAAGAAUUGACUCGGCCGACACAUCUGUAAGCUUAAAUGAGGACCAAAUCAGCAAGUAUGAGAAGCUUGCACCCCUGAAAGAUUUCUGGCAGCAGAGACAGAGAGAAAGAGAGAAACAUCUUAAGCUGGCAGCAGGGGAUAAACACAAUUCUCACCAUCAUGCCUUUAGUUCCAGUCCCCCCAAAAGGAAACACAAACUAGCAAACAGGCUUAGGAUUCAGAGAAUUCAAACUGUGGAGCAAUCAACAAACAUGCAGGGUCCCUUCGCCUCUGAUCCCAGGCAGGAGGUUGCUUCUACAGAUGAGACCGCCUCCAUAGGAAGGCCAUUAACAAUAGCCACCAGCUGUGAAAGCACAUUAGACCCAAAUGACAUCACACACGCUGCCGCCCGGAAGAGCAGAUCACAAGAGAUGGAGGAAAGAAGAACGAGAAACAAAAUAUUCAGAAUACAGAAAUUUAGAAGCGAAGCACAACUAAGGAGCCAGAAAAUGAGAGACCUUGCGGAGACAUGCGAGGGCAUGACAGACCUGACGGAAGUUUGCGUGCUGCAAGAAAAUGCGGACGCAGUAGGAGGUGCGGAAGAUAAAAAAGUCAGCCCAGCUGCACGCAGUCCUCAGUUGUGUGUGAGUCAAACAGCUAAUACCACCGAAAAAAUUGCUUUUGUGCCUGCCACCUGCGCCCCGAACAAAGAGCCAUCGUCUGAGAAUGUGACUGCAAGUGUCCCCGUCAUCCCUGGGGGAUACCUACAAACAUUGUUAGAAGCCUCAGAUUCUUCAGGAGGUGGCACGAGUGCCUCUUUUUUCGCUUCGCAGCCCCACAGUCAAGACUCACUGGCUCUCUCUCUGGAAAAGCAGCAGUUCACCUCCAUUCAGCUAGCACAAAGCUGUGUACUUUCACCACCGUCAGAAUCUGAGCUCCAACAGUCCCCCCAGAAUUGUCCCAGUCUUGCCCAGAUGUGGCAUCACCAGCUUCAUCCCAACCAACAAUUCACCACUGCCGAUGUUGCAGAAUCUGAGGUCCAACCCAACAGUUUCAAUGGAGAGACGCCUGUGCCGGUGUCUGAGAGUCUCACAGCGUCUAUGUAUAGCCAGCUGAGUCUGGAAAGAGACAGAAUGCUUUAUGAAAAGAAUUAUAUGUCUGAGCAGCCAUUGCCUCCUGACGCGGAGUUUCAAGCAUUGCAGGGGCAGACCCAGUUUCAAAGAGCCUCGCUACACACAGACAACGGCCGUCUCAUCAGUUUCGACUCAGUUGGCUCGCUGUCAGCCACUUCUAGCAAUUACAGCUCUCUGAGCCUUAAGUCCUGUGAGAAAGAUGGUGAAGAUGAUGUGAACGAGAACUUUCUGGCCCACUGCAGUCCCAAGCUAGUGAUUCAGCAGAGUGUUGAUGCAAUCACACCCCUGAGAGAGACCACGGACUUGCUGGAUAUCUCCAACUUCACUCCCGAUAAAUUCAGACACGCAUCAUUGUCAGAGCUGUCUCCUGCGGAGACGCCUAAUUUAUCUCCUCAAGUUAUGGGUCAUGAGAUGAAGAGAGCUGGAAAGGCUAGUGACGUCCAGGAUGUGGCUAAAAUGUCAUGCACCAAAGACACAGACUGGAACUGCAGUGUGAUAGAGCAGCAAGAUUUGAGUAGAUAUCCAGUAGAGAUUCGGGAGUAUCAACUGCACAUUUUUGAUGGUGAAGACAAUUCAAGCUUGGCAACAAAAGAGGAAAACCGAGCUCAAAAUGAUGGUGAUGUGAGCGCAAUUAAGGGGACCAAAACAAAGAGGAAGAAUAGCAGCAAACAAUCUACAGGCCAGUGUAGCAAAAAAAGCAAAGCCCCAAGAGCUCCUAAGGCAGACAAGGGCAAAAUUUCACGGCAGACUUCACGGGCAUCUAAAAAGCUGAAGGCUUUAUUGGACGAAAAGGGUGCUAAAGGCCAGAUUGAGGGUUCGGCUCAUUCCCUGAAAGACAGCAGCUCUGAGGAAUGGACUGCAGCUGGUUGGUCAGAGGGCAAAAUUCAAGGCCAUGAUGAGCACCGAGAGUUUGAAGAGCCAUCCAACAUCUUAUCAAACAUCGUCUCAGGGAUGGCCGAGGUGCAGCGAUUCAUGAUGGCCUCUAUUGAGCCAGCGUGGGGCCCUGCAGCCAAUAUCUGCCUGCCUUCAGAGACAAACAGCCUAAAGUUAAAAACUCUCAAAAUCCUGGCAGGAAUGUCCUCUGACCCGAAGAAGAAAGGCACUGCUUCUGGGGGCACCAAAGGCAAAAAAGUCGGGACAAAGAGUGGCAAAAAUCAGGCCAAGUUGAAUGCUUCCCUGCCCUGUUUACCUCAGUUGGCUUUGGGCUGUACCAUGUUUGACAAACCUAACCUUGGUGUUCCUGGCAGUAAUGGGCCCGCACACAAAAAGAUGUACCGUCACAAAACAAGUGCGAAAUUCCCUCGGAUGGAAAAUCUAAAGGGCACGCAACCCGAACAAGACCCAAAUAAGGACACACCACUAAUGGCUUCUUUUGAGAAACUGAGGUAAUAUUUUUCAACUAGCUGCUGUUGCACGUUCCUCACUUUUCCCAUUUCCUCCUGUUUUCCUGACAUAAAUACACACUGACUUGACACCAGAGAUGCAUGGAAUGUCGUUAUUCUUUAAGUAUCCCCCACUUUUUUGCCCCCGAUGAGGAUUUUGAUAUUUUGCAUGAGACACUUCUUGUACUCGCCAUUUAGCUACCUAUUGACUGGUUGUGCAAAGCUUGAUUGAGAUUUCAAUUGAUCAUGGCUGCAUUCUUGUUUUUGCUUUCUUCCUUGCUGUUGUUGAUGUUUUUUUUUUGUCUGAAGAAAUAAUUGGAUAAGUGCAAAUUCUCUUUUGGACUAUGUUUUUGUAAUUUUCUUAGUGAAUCUUGCUGACCUUAUGUAAUUAUAUUUCUCUCUUCAAACAUGUAGCUGAUGAAAAUGUCUGUGUUUGUGAAGCAAGCUCCGGGUUUGAUUCUGUUUGCAGACACAAAUGCCCCUUUCCUCCCUUUUACCGCCUGACUUUUUUACACGAGAAAUGCUCAGCAUCUUGUUCGAGAUAAUCCGCACCCUUGCUAGUCUCCUAAAUUUCAAUAGCACACAAAGGGACCAUUUUGUAUUGAAGACAUAUCAGAUUAACAUUGGAUUACUUUCUUACUGUUGGAAUGUACUUUUCUCAUGUCUCUCUAUCUACUAUGCUUUCUACAGGAGUUGUACUGGAAAUUGUCUUACAGGGAUAUUUCUAUGCCAUGGAAAUCCCCAAAUGCUUCAUUCUUUUUAUUCAAGUUGUAAAAAUAAUAAUAUAGAUUGCAGACUGAAAUCAUACGUAAUCUACAUGAUUAAUAGAUUAUUAUUAUUAUUUAGUGUCACUGUACAGAAAUGCAAAACGUGAAUUCUCUCAGUGUGCCAAAUGUAAACUCUCUGUGCACAUUUAUUAUGUGAAUGAAUACUGUACUGGCUGUUUGAUUUACUAUCCUGAUGAAUGCUCGCUAUUCUCUUUCAUGAUUUCGCAAGAGCUGACAUUUCGGUUUGGUUAAUAUUUUGUUGUUGUUUUUUUCAUUUGGGACCCUAUAGUUUGAUUAGCACCUGAAGCUGACAGUGGUACAACCACUCAACCAAAACAACCUAAUUUGGCCAAAUUCAGUCAACCUGAGAAUCACUUUGGUUUAGAAUGAAACUUGAACUCUUCUAACCGCAGAAGAGAAACUAAAGGCCACGGGGGUAAUAUUGACAGAGGAUGGCACCUGUCUGGAUACAAAACUGAGUGAUGUAAUAGGACCAUAAUGUCCUUUUGAUGUACUGAAGUUGAAGAAAGUACUAAAGGGAUGUCAAACAUUUUCAUUACGUCUUUUCUUGACCCAUAUCUGAACAAUUCCCUGCUUGUCCGUCAUAAAAGUCCUCACUCACACCCGCGAUUUAUGAAUCUGAACCAUUUUGGUCAAGACGCUAAAUGUUGUUUGAUGUGUCAUCAUAUUCCUGGCAAGAUUAGCCAUAUUUAAAUUGAGGUUACUAUCUCUACACUUUCAAAUUUGCUAAAAACCUUUGAAACCAAAUCAGUCCUUAAUAUGUCAUUGGCAUGAACCGCAAAAUAACAGCUGACUUGUUUUACUAAGAGUUCUAUCUCAGGUAAAGUAUUGCCUUACCUAAAGCUCUGUCCCCGUCCGCCUGUAGUCGGCCAUGUUUAGGAGCAGGAUGAUAACGAUGAUGAUGAUGAUGAUGCUGAUGAGAAAACCUCACAUGGCUCGCUGUUGGGCCCGUCUUGUCUGCCUUCUCUCAUUUCUGCCUGUUGUCAAGCGAAUGUACUUCAAGCUCUUGUACUGUGUGCCACUGUGUGCCACUGUCUCCCCCUGCUGGUGCUACGAGGGUAAAUGCAUUCUCCCGCAAAUGAUAAAACAAGGAAUAAUGGACAUGAAAACCCGUUCUGCUCUUUAUGAAUGUACUGUAUAUGCUUCUGUUUGAUGUAUUCACAACAUGAUUCUUUGUCAUUAAUUGGAAUUGCUUUUACCUUUUUGAUGGAGAAAUUAUUAAGCUUUAUAAAUAUUGUCUGGAGUUGAUACCAGAGGGAUUCUUAAUUAACUCUCGACAUUACAAAAAUAUUGUAUAUUUUUCUCUGUGCCAAUUUGUAAGAUAUUUUGUAAGUGUAUAUUUUUAUUAGAAUGUGUUGUGAAGUCUUCGUGCGUGUGCGUGUGAGUGUGAGCGUGCGUAACCUUUUUUGUGCCUCUGUAGGCCAUGAAAAGGAUGUAUAAUGAGCCGUUUCUGGUUUUAAAAACCAAAAUACUAAGAAACACAAAAAAGGGAAAAAUCUACAUUUUGUUGCAAGUUUUGUAAGAAGAAAAUUAUCUGGCUGUGAGAGUGUUGUAUUACUGUGGAAAACUCAUAUAAGCAAGAAAAAGAGGAAAAAAUUGUGAACUAUUUGCCGUUUUAUAGAUUUUCAUGUAAAUUAUUCUUGUAUUAUUUUAUGUUGUAUCUGUUGCGAAGGUUUUAAAUAUUUGUGAUUAAGCCUGUAUGGUGAAAUGUAAUAUUGGUAUCUUGCUGAGUUUUGUAAUAAUGUUUAUGGAGUACAUAUACAAAUUAAAAUGAGAUUUUGAAUGCGUUUUUUUGAAGUUGUCAGAUU